CAGCAGCGCGAGGUGAGAGGGGCGUUUUUUGGGGGGGUUUUGGGGGAUUUUGGGGGGGAUUUUUGGGUCAAAUCGUCCCCUCGCUCCCCUCCCCAAGGCCACCAUGAGCCUGCAGUGGACGGCGGUGGCCACGUUCCUGUACGCGGAGGUUUUCCUGGUGCUGCUGCUCUGCGUCCCCUUCGUGUCACCCGCCAGAUGGCAGAAGAUCUUCAGGUCCCGCCUGGUGGCCUUGGCCGUGUCCUACGGCAACACCUUCUUCAUCGUCCUCAUCGUCAUCCUCGUCCUGCUGCUGCUCGAUGCCCUGAGGGAGACCCGUAAGUACAAUUUGGGGGACAGGGAGGCCCUGCACAGCACCCCCGGGGCCCUGGAGCAUUUCCACAUGAAGCUUUUCCGGGCCCAGAGGAACCUUUACCUGGCGGGAUUCGCCCUCCUGCUCUCCUUCCUCCUGAGGCGUUUGGUGACGCUGAUCUCGGCCCAGGCCUCUCUGGGGGCCUCCAGCCAGGCCUUCCGCAAACAGGCCGAGGGCGCGAGUCAGGCGGCCCGCAAGUACCUGGAGGACAACGACGCCCUCAGGAAGCAGCUGCAGGAGUCGGGGGGGGCCCCGUCCCCCACCCGGGACGAGAACGAGACCCUGAAGGCGAAAGUGGAGUCGCUCAAGGAGGAGCUCGAGCUCAGCAAGAAGGGUAGGGGGGCUUUUGGGGGGGCUUUGGGGG